AAGACGCUCCACAGACCGCGCGCGCGCUCACUCCGGAUUCCAGAGCCUGGGACUUCACCGAUUACAGCAAGACGGAAAUCCACACCAUCACUCAUCCCCCAGACUGUCUGAGUCCUGCCUGCUCCCGACGCGCCGGGUCCCUCACUCCCACUCCCACUCACUCCCACUCCCGGCCGGGAUUAUGCGCUCGGUUUGACGGGUUUGGCGCGCGCGCUUGAAUGAAUCGCCGGACCUGGGGAGAGAGCGCGAGAGCGUCCGGGCGAAUUCAUCUUCAUCAUCAUCAUCAUCAUAACUAAACCAGCCAACGUCAAACACUUCGCUUCUCCACUCACAUCCUUCCUUCAUUCCCGGACUCCCUCCAUCUCCUGCUAUACAUGGAGCCAGGGGGGGUAUGGAGCCAGGUAGAAGAUCCCCUCAUGGGGAGCUUUAACACAUCGGAAUUCAAAUUCGGAACGCCUUUGACUCCGGUAAUGUCGAGGACGAUGGACAAUCAGUCACACAGCAUGUUGAAUCAGACCAUGCCAUUUUUCAGCAGCAGCAUGGUGAUGACAGCAGCCAUCUCGGCGAUCGUGUUUGUCGUCGGAAUCAUCGGCAAUACGCUGGCCAUCUACGUGGUGCUGCGGUACGUCAAGAUGAAGACUGUGACCAACAUCUACAUUCUGAACCUGGCCGUGGCUGAUGAGCUCUACAUCCUGAGCCUGCCGUUCAUGAGCACGCAGAACGUCCUUUCGUACUGGCCGUUUGGAUCCUUCCUGUGCCGUGUGGUCAUGACGAUAGAUUCGCUCAACCAGUUCACGAGCGUCUUCUGCCUCACGGUGAUGAGCAUUGAUCGGUACCUGGCCGUCGUUCAUCCUCUCCGCUCCAGCAGGUGGCGCCAACCUCGUGUGGCUAAAGUGGUAAGCACUGCAGUGUGGGCCAUAUCGUUCAUUGUGGUGCUGCCGGUGGUGAUCUUCUCCGACGUUCAGGACAGCUUCAAUUCCUGCAACAUGAGCUGGCCAGAGCCACACGCCGUUUGGCCAGUGGCGUUCAUCCUCUACACGUCGGUGCUUGGCUUCUUUGCACCUUUGCUCGUGAUAUGCGUGUGCUACGUGCUCAUCGUGGUGCGGGUGAAGGCUUCAGGAGCACGGACUGGAUUGGGGAGGCGCCGCCGCUCCGAGCGCAAGGUAACACGCAUGGUGGUGGUCAUCGUGGUGGCAUUUGUGCUCUGCUGGCUGCCCUUCUAUACGAUCAACAUCAUCAACCUCAUAUUCCACCUACCCGAGAACAGCGUCACGGUGGGCGUCUACUUCUUCCCAGUCAGCCUCACGUACGCCAACAGCUGCGCCAACCCAGUACUCUACGGCUUCCUGUCUGAUAACUUUAGGCAGAGUUUCCGGAAGGUGCUGUGUUUGUGCAGGGCCAAUGGCAUAGAGGACGGGGAGCCGAGCGUGCCACGCACUGACAGGACAAGCGCAGUCGAUGGCUUCCUUCCAGUGAGGAGCGACCACUUCAACGGGCAUGUGCAGAACUGCCAGGACAUGCAGCUGGAGCCACGCUUGGGUCCAUCAUCAACACUGCAACCAGUGAAAUCUAAAGUGAUUGGCCAGUCGUUGCUUUAAACCCUGCCCCCUUCUCGCUAUCUCUCUCUGUCACAAUGCCAUCUCCAUCCCUCUCUCUCGAUCCAUCCAUAUGUCAGUUGGUCAUCACUUCUUGAUGAAGGUGUGGCCUCAUACCCAGACUCCAUCCACUGAGACUCCGCCCUCUUCCAUGCCCUUAAAAUCCCAAACUCCCAAACGCUUUGGCUGCUACUGAGUGUUGCUCUGCCCCUCGCAUGCCACGUCCCCCUGCAGGACACUCGGGCUGGACCAUAACUUUGUGGAUAUAUACCAAAUUAUCGAUGAUGUGUUCCUGGAGUACUCAUCUUCAACUCUGUAUGCUUUAAACAACAGCUUCUUCUGGACAAAAAAAGAAUAAUAAUAAAUCCCCAUCUGAGUUUGAAUCAAAUAUGACGCCUCUCUCAGCAGCGCCGUUGCGUUUCUGUGAUUAUUUUUAUAUUCAUGGCCCCGUGUUCAGCUGGAUGUAGUCUGAAGUAAACAGUGAACUGUGCAACUGUGACUCCUGGCCUUCUGCUUUGACAUAUUGUUUAGUACAAUAGUGUGUGAUUUGGGAUGUUGCCAUGGGAACGCUUGGCCUUGUGAGCCUUUGGAAGCCACGACUGUGCAGUCCAUUCCUUUGGAGAGGUGUGAAUUUAGGGAUGUUGAAUUACUGUGAGUUGCGUUUAAACAGCCAGUGGUGGAACGUGAUACAAUACAAUCACUGUUUCCUGACAAUGACAGGGGUGGAAGGCCACGCCUCCUUCAUGGGGAUUGACCCUUAGAAGCCACACCUCCUUCACUAGGACUGACCCUUAGAAGCCAUGCCUCCUUCACUGGACUGACCCUUAAAAGCCAUACCUCCUUCACUAGGACUGACCCUUAGAAGCCAUGCCUCCUUCACUGGGACUGACCCUUAGAAGCCAUGCCUCCUUCACUAGGACUGACCCUUAGAAGCCAUGCCUCCUUCACUAGGACUGACCCUUAGAAGCCAUGCCUCCUUCACUAGGACUGACCCUUAGAAGCCACACCUCCUUCACUAGGACUGACCCUUAGAAGCCACACCUCCUUCACUAGGACUGACCCUUAGAAGCCAUGCCUCCUUCACUAGGACUGACCCUUAGAAGCCACACCUCCUUCACUAGGACUGACCCUUAGAAGCCAUGCCUCCUUCACUAGGACUGACCCUUAGAAGCCAUGCCUCCUUCACUAGGACUGACCCUUAGAAGCCACACCUCCUUCACUAGGACUGACCCUUAGAAGCCAUGCCUCCUUCACUGGGACUGACCCUUAGAAGCCACGCCUCCUUCACUAGGACUGACCCUUAGAAGCCACACCUCCUUCACUAGGACUGACCCUUAGAAACCAUGCCUCCUUCACUAGGACUGACCCUUAGAAGCCAUGCCUCCUUCACUAGGACUGACCCUUAGAAGCCACACCUCCUUCACUAGGACUGACCCUUAGAAGCCACACCUCCUUCACUAGGACUGACCCUUAGAAGCCAUGCCUCCUUCACUAGGACUGACCCUUAGAAGCCACACCUCCUUCACUAGGACUGACCCUUAGAAGCCAUGCCUCCUUCACUGGGACUGACCCUUAGAAGCCAUGCCUCCUUCACUAGGACUGACCCUUAGAAGCCACACCUCCUUCACUAGGACUGACCCUUAGAAACCAUGCCUCCUUCACUAGGACUGACCCUUAGAAGCCAUGCCUCCUUCACUGGACUGACCCUUAGAAGCCACACCUCCUUCACUAGGACUUACCCUUAGAAGCCACGCCUCCUUCACUAGGACUGACCCUUAGAAGCCACGCCUCCUUCACUGGACUGACCCUUAGAAGCCACGCCUCCUUCACUGGGACUGACCCUUCAAAGCCACACCUCUGUCACUGGGACUGACCCUUCAAAGCCAAACCUCCUUCACUGGGACUGACUGUUAGAAACCACACCUCCUUCAUUGGGACUGACCCUUAGAAGCCACACCUCCUUCACUAGGACUGACACACAGACACCACACCUCCUUCACUGAGACUAACAUUAGGCCACACCUCCUUCAUUGGGACUGACCCUUAGAAGCCACACCUCCUUCACGCUGAAUAACACUUUAAAGCCAUGCCUCCUUCACUAAGACUGACAUGCCAAGACCACACCUCCUUCACCGAGAGUAGUAUUUAGGCCAUGCCUCCUUCACUCUAAAUAACACUGUAAAGCCACGCCUCCUUCACUAGAACUGACACACAGAGACCACACAUCCUUCACUGAAACUAACACUUAGGCCACACCUCCUUCACUGACACAGACACUGAGGCCACACCUUCUUCACUGAGGCAGCCAUACACAUAGGCCACGCCUCCUUUAUUGGAACUGAUGGACACAGAUGCCAUGCUUCUUUCACUAAGACUGACACGUACAUGGAGGGAAAGAGAAAGUUGAUUCAGACACGAAGUCAUAUUUUGUCAUAAAUAUUGACACCCCGUGUGAAUCUGUGAAUCAUUUAAUGUGAUUUUUACAUUUAACGAGAGAAGAAAAAGCAAUUCCUGUAAGAAUACAGUGUAAUAUAGUGUAAAUGGAAUGAAGUGCCUUUCCCAUGUUAAAGGGAAGAUGUGGAUUCACAGCACUUGAUGUACAGAUACACAGCUGUUCCUCUGCGGUGGCUUGUCUGAUUCGCCCUACAGGUUCCCCCCCAUUGUGUCUCUGUUUGUUCGUUUGAAUGACUCUGUAUAAAUAAAUGUUUCCAGAUAUUUAAUUCA